CUCGGUUAACGGAAUUAUAUCAUGCAUACGAAGAGUUUAACGACGAAAUCACGGUACUAGAUCCAAACGAAGCGCAUCAAAUCGAGUUCAUAAACAUACAGGAACGUUUUUAUACUCUCGAAGAUAUUCUAAAUCCAGCAGGAACAUCGAUCGCGGGCACGGAUGCAUCGAGCGCGGACAUCGGUACAUCGAGCAAUGCAACGCGAAUUAAAAAUGCAGACGUAACGCCGAACAGAAAACGGCGAAUUAAGCUACCUGAGGCAACUUUGCCGACGUUUAAUGGCAAAUACGAGAACUGGCUAUCAUUUAAGAAUGCGUUCGAUAACAUGAUAGGCUCGCAGACGGACUUAUCGGACAUAGAUAAAUUAUAUUACCUAAGAGCGGCAUUAACCGGGGAUGCCGCUAGUAAGAUUCGGAUUUUUGCUACAGACGGAAUAAAUUAUACUAGAGCAACAACCGAAGGUUUGUCCAAGCUCGCCGACGACAUGCAGCAACACGUCGCCUCGCUAAGCUCGCUAGGAGUUUCCGUCGGACCGGAAAUGAUCGUUCAUAUUUUAGAAAGCAAAUUACCGAAAACCGCGCUAGAUAGAUGGGAAGCGAAUCUCGAAAGAGACGAAGUUCCUAAGCCCGAUCAAAUAUAUGAGUUUAUAUACAAAGCCGCGGUUUGUGCUUCGAGACAUGAGAAAGCGAAGACGACGGAAGCGGAAAGGGGCAAGGACGAACCGCCGGUUAAAAGAAAACGGACUUUCCCUGCGAAUCGAGCACUUGUGCUAAACGCAUCGCGCAAUUGUUUGAUGUGUAAAAAUAAACAACAUCCGCUUUUCAUGUGUGAUACAUUCAAACGGUUGCCCGUAACUAAGCGUAUUGAAGCGGUUAAAAAUGCGAAAAUAUGCUACAACUGCUUGCGUUCGCACAGGGGUAUUCCGUGUAGAUUGUCCGGCUGCACAAUAUGCCAAAAGCGGCACAACACACUCUUACACCUGGAUAAUUACGCGACCGCAGGAAAAUCUAGUCAGGCCGCGAAACCCGAAUCUACUCAGACAGAAUGA